GAUCCUAAGCAAUGUUUGAUUUCCAAGAUGGAGGGAAGUAUUGACCGUAAACAGCGAGGAAUUCCAAAACUUAGAGAUAUUUUACGACGACAAAGAAGAGAAUCAGAGGGUCAGCUAGAUUCCACUCCUGAAGUUGAUUUCACUUAUGACGAUGCCGAUAAAAAAUCAGCAGAAAUCGCAGAGCUUUACAGCUAUACUGAAGAAAGUGAAUUUAAUUUCAACAGAGAAGCAUUUGAAAUAACAGCGUAUUCACAAGGGUAUGACAAAUGGAGUGAGAUGGAGCAAAGUGAAAGAAGAAAGUUUUUGUUUCUUAUCAUUGAGAAAUGUGAAGCAGCAGACCCUGACAUAAGACUCACAGCAGCAAGAGUUUUACUUUAUCUCGUACAAGGUAAUUUUGGUGAAGUCAGUGAUGAAGAAGGACAAAGAGAAUGGUCACAAUUCAAUGUGUUUUUCUUGUACAAGAUGGGAGUUAUGCCACUUGUAAUUCAGUUGCUGAAUGUAGAAAUUGAGAAUCCUGAAGCUGCAAUAUCAGCAUUACAGAAGCCUUCUGUGUCUGUGGCUGAUAGCGUCACAUUAAGGGUUUACCUCAACAUUAUCUACACCAUUGUUGAGGUCAUGCGCUGUGCAGAUCCAGGUGAUUCAGAAGACAUAGCUCAAAUACAGGAGAUGUUUUUUGUGGAGCUAAGUCAACCCAUAGGUUGUGAUGAUCUGUUACCAAUAAUCUUACUGGAAAUGAUUUUAAAGUACUGUGCUGGUAGCUGUCCCCAUUUUCCAAUCAAGAAAAUUCUUCUGCUCUUGUGGAAGACUGUUCUGACAACAUUAGGUGGAAUGGAAGAUCUAGCCAAGAGGAAAGAAGAUGUCAGAAUUGCUUCUGGCUUGCCUGCCAGCUAUGAAAUACAGUGCCCUCCCCAGCAAGCCAUUGUCAAGGAGAGAACACCAGCUCCCCACACACCACCCCCAACAGGAACAGAUAGUGACAGUAAUGGUGAAAUCCAGUGGGAGAGGGGUGAGGAGGACCAUAUCUAUAGACCACCCAAGCUGCGGCCAAAAGUCAGGCAGAAAGAUGUGGACGUUUUCCUGGAUAAUACAAGGAACAAGUUCGUUGGUUUUCAGUUGAGAGGAGAUUCCCAAACAAUUGCUGGUCUUCCUGGUCCGAUACACGAAGGACUGUCAAUUCUCAAGAAGCACAUGUAUGUUUCCCUCUCGGAAAUUCAAAUCAAGGAAGAGGAAGACGCCAUGAACAGACCCUUCACAAAGGGAAAAGUCAACAUCCCAUCAAACAGGGUGGAACAGUUAUACGAAGCUAUGCUUCCAAACCUGCCACAAUAUGUGAUCGCCGUAUUAAAGAUCCUCCUCGCUGCCGCACCUACCGCCAAACCUAAAACUGAAUCCAUCAAUAUUCUAGCAGAUGUGUUUCCACAGGAUAUGCCUUGGAAAGGACAUUUACUGCACGAGGUCUUGGAGGUGAAUCCCUCUAGAGUGAAUACAGUCCGCCGUUUUUGUGGUGGACUAUNAUACGAAGCUAUGCUUCCAAACCUGCCACAAUAUGUGAUUGCCAUAUUAAAGAUCCUCCUCGCUGCUGCACCUACGGCCAAACCUAAAACUGAAUCCAUUAAUAUACUGGCAGAUGUGUUUCCACAGGAUAUGCCACUAUUCCUCGAUGUUCUAUCUGCCCUCUUUCAUAGUAGUGCAACAGUUAGUGUUUCCUUGAAUUUUAGAAUACCUCAGCUCGACUUUCCAGCGUGUAUAUUAGGCGAUCCACUGGAAUUGACCGCUGAAAGCCUGGAAAAUGCUGAUCAAGAAGCUUGCUGCUGGAGAAAUCUCUUUUCCUGUAUCAACCUUGCGCGCAUUCUUCAGAAGCUCACAAAGUGGAAACACUCGCGAACAAUGAUGCUUGUUGUGUUCAAAUCUGCUCCAAUUUUAAAGCGCGUGCUAAAAGUGAAACACGAACUUCUUCAGCUAUAUGUACUCAAGUUACUCAAGGCACAAACGAAGUAUUUAGGAAGAAAUUGGCGAAAGAGUAACAUGAAGACGAUGUCGGCGAUUUAUCAGAAAGUUCGUCACCGGCUGAAUGACGAUUGGGCUUAUGGCAACGAUCUUGACGCACGUCCAUGGGAUUUCCAAGGAGAAGAAAAUGCCUUACGUACUUGCGUGGAUCGCUUUAAUAACCGUCGUUAUGGUAUAGAGAUCUGCGAUCGCCUGGGAGACAACGGCGAAGAAGACGAAUACCAGCCCGUGGAUAAUGACGUGUUGAGCGUUUUGGGAGAAAAGAUCGAGUUGAGUAGUGAGUUUAAAAACAAUUACGAACGAUGGCUUGACCGUGAGGUGUUUUCUGUCUCGAUAGACUGGGAUCAACUGUGCACGUGUGAAACUCAAUGUGUGGAGUAAGGAACGAUCAAACAUACUGCCUUGAUAUGUUUGCUAAUUCUUUCCUUGUACAGCGUAAUGAAGUUUAUUCCAACUGAACAAACAAGUGUAAAUUAAAUGAAUGGUUCCCGCUUAGGACUGCGCACACUCGCUGUCAAUGUGUGGAGUAAUGAAAGCUCCGUGACAUUGGUUCCCUUAUUUUUCGCAAUUCUUUUCUUGUACAGUGUAAUUAAGUUUAUUCUACUUGAAGUAAGGAGAGUAAAUUAAAUGAUUGGUUCGUGGUCAAUACUGCGCAUUCUAACUCUGGUGUUUGUGACUUGGAAAGGAACUCUGAAUAUAUCGUAAAAAUACUCGCUAAUCAUCCGUAAGAAUUUUACGUUUCAGAAUUGUUUUUAGCUUGUAUUUGAAAGGUUAACGUCAGAUAGAUGAUACUGUAAAUAUGAUGAUACUCUAAACCUCUCAAAACCAAGUGUUCGCUAUCAGUUUCAAGCUCGUCUUCAACUUACCAUCGUCUCUGGAGUACACUGUAAUGAGAAAAGCCUUACCCUAGCUCAUGGCCUUAUAUUUGGAGGUUGCAGAAGGAAAUACAGUCGAACCUCUAUUAAGCGGCUACUUAUUAAACGGCCACCUGGACCCCUAUUAGGCUUCCAGUAAUCCAAGUCCCGAUGAGAGCUUUUCUAUUGUUUUUACCUCUAUUAUGGGGCCACUGUCCAUCUCCCCAAAGGGGGUCAUUUAAUAGGGGUCAAUGUGAAGAACAGUAAGCUGAGCUGCAAAAGUUUACACUUGGGAGGCGACUUCUGCUUGUUUUCAUGGUCUUGCCUUGACUAACAAUCCCCCCUGGACUCCAAAGAUAUUUGUGGGGUGGGGUGGGGCAGGUAGAAAAAAGAGGUAAGAUGGGUGCAAUAUUUUCAUUCUCAAAGAACCACACAUGAAUGAAAUGUCUUGGAGCUAACAUUUAUUUCAUUUAACAACAAUACUAUGCUAGCUAAAGUUAAGUACUCUGUAAAAAGUUUAUCAAACAUAUAAUUGGUUCAUAAUUUAUAACUGGCUACUAUUUUUGUUCCAACUGAAUUUUGUGGUUUGAAUUUGUAAUUGAGGGAUUUCUUUGAUUUUAACCCUGACUUAAGUGAUGAAAUCUGAAAUGUUUAAACAAUUUCUCAAUUUAUUUCUUGUAAGUUAAAUAAAUAAGGGAGUCUCAAGACAUUUCUAAGUCUGCUAAAUUUAAGUUUUCUCUAAAAAUAUUAGUCUUGUAAAUGAGACUGUUUCUCUUCACACUCAUGUUUCAUAAACCACAUUUUUACACCAAAAUAAAAUGAAAGUUGCAAUUUUUUCCCUGUGACUUGCCAACAAUGGGGAAAAGAACGUAAUUCAGACCAAAACUACAAACACAAUGUCAAAAGUAACCAGAAAGAAAAUGAAGAGAAAAAAUUUCUUACCAUGAAAUUCUUGUCUUUAGGCUAUAAACCUCCCUGUAAAUGAACUGAACUUGUAACAAAACCAACAAAUGUUUUUUCCUCACCAAAACCUGCAGCCCACGUAAAAUGAUUUUCACACACUGCUGUCAUUCCAGUUGACAAAUUUUUUUCACUGCAAUGUGGUACACUCGUGUGAUGAAGCCACUUAAUGUUAAUUUAAGUUAUAUAUGUCAUAGCGAUACAUCCAAAAGAUAGUU